AACCUCACGGCUCUCUCGACAGAUGAUCUACCUCCGGACGUCCACUUCUUCGCCCAACUCACUGCCACAGACCAUUCUGGUGUUGUCUGGGUGGUCUGCAUCAUCAGUCUGACGUAUGCGCUUCUCUGCAGCAGCGUGCGAUUUAUCCUCCGCCGUGGAAUGUACAGCUUCGACGAUGCUGCCUUGCUCGUGUCCACUUUGGCGUGCAUAGUCCAGCACACGUUCGUGUUCAUCGCACUCAGGAACGGGCUAGGGCUUUCGUCGAGCAUCAAUGACUCAAAACAUAGAGAAGCACUUGCAAAUAGCAGUUAUACAAGGCUUGUCAUAUUCUUUGUGGUUCAUUAUCUGGCCAAAAUCUCUCUGACCCUCUUCACUCGCCGCCUGUUCUACGGUCAAGAACGACUCAACGAAAUCAUUUGCGAUAUUCUGCUUGCUCUGAAUUUCAUCUUCGGCAUCACUAGCAUCCUACUCCUAUCUAUCGACUGCCCCUCUGGUUGGUAUUUCAGGAGCAAGGAUCUAUGUCCUAAGCUGGACACGAGGUGGAUCGUGAUCAAGACGCUCGACAUCUCGUCUGAGAUAGCGCUCGUACUUGUGCCGAUCGUUUUGAUCUGCCGAAUCCUGCUAAACCCGAAGCACAAAGCAAUCAUCAUAGGCACAUUUGCAGCUAGGCUUCCUGUCAUCGCCUUCACUGUUCUUCAUUUGUACUACCUUGACAAGUCGAUGGACAAAUACGGUGAUAGAGGCCUUGAAGUCGUUCAGCCGGUUGUCUGGCUUCAGAUUCUUCUUUUGUGGAGUAUGGUCACUGCAUCGCUCCCAUCCUUCAGACCGCUGGUGUCGCCUUUCGACACUGUCGUUGAGGAGUCCUCUGAUCGUUCCAGCCCCGUAUCUAACGGUGCCGCUCUGGUCAUGGGC